AUGGACGGAGCGUUCAACCCUGCGCUGGUGCAACUCACACAACGCUUCCAAGAGGCAAGCUUGGGAGGCGGCCCUGUUGACCCGUCAGUCCUACUUGGGAAGGCUGGAGACCUUCUCAGCUCCGCUGAGGCUACAACCCACUACAGCUCCUCAGAAUCCAGUUCAGCUGCAGACAACUUAAACUGCCAGGUCGACAGCAGCUCAUUGCUGGAAUCCUAUCCUGGGGCGAAUGCCGCGCGUCCCAGCGAAGGCACACGACAGACGAGCGCAACAACGCAAGAGGGCAAGGCGCAAAUUUGCUUUGACUUCACCAAAGGCGUCUGCUCUCGUGGAGACAAAUGCAAGUACUCGCACGACCUUGCGACGAUUGUCCAUUUCAACAGCAAAGAGAAGGGAAUAUGUUUUGACUACCUUCGUAAUCAAUGCCAUCGUGGCCUCCUCUGCCGCUUCAGUCACGACCUAUCGAACAUAGCCCAGCAGUGCCAGGUUAGUUGGCAGUUUGGGAACUGGCAGUCGAUACGGUUUGGAAGGCGGUUUGCAAAUUCCCUGAACACCAACCGUUUGCAGGUUUACAGUAAUGGUGCGAAGGAGAACAAGGGUGCAAAACCCAAUGCGAUUUGCUACGAUUUCGUCAAAGGCGUUUGCCAGAGGGGUGCAGAAUGCCGCUACAGCCACGACCUUAGCCUCAUCGCGCGCAUGGCGCGUGGUGGGAGCGCACAGCCAAAAGCCGGCGAGGUCUGUUACGAUUAUUUAAGGGGUCGUUGCAACCGCGGUGCCACCUGCAAAUACUCCCACAACAUCGCUUUCCUGGCUGCCCCUGGCUUUCUGGGCAGCGCGCUCUCGUCGGACGGAGCACCAAUGGCAGCUCAAGCUGCUGGGCCUGGCUUGCCCGGUCCCGGUGCACCGCUUGCCGGCCUUCCCCUGGCUGGCGGGCCAGGCUUUGUUGGCAUGGGCGGCCUUCCGGGCAUGGCACCCCGCCUAACGAGUGCCCUUAGCGCUGAUCAAGCCACACUCAACCAUGUCUUAGCUGCGGCGGGACCAGGUGCUGUAAACCAGAUGCUGGUUGCUCAGGCUGCCAUGCAGCAGUCAACUGGCCUUGCAGCUGUGGCGGCUGAGGCGGCAGCAGCUGCAGCUGAAGGGCGGCGACGGUCUGCCAGUAUGAACGGCGAGACGGCCAACGACACAAUGCUUGUGAACGACCAACCGCCUGUGCCGUGGACAGGCCUUCCAUCGGCGCCUAAGGCGCUGGCCGCUGCUCAGCAAGCGGCGCUAAUGACAAACUUCGCUGCACACCAACGCAUGGCACAGGCCGCGGCGGCAGCGAAUAUGCAGGCUUUUGCUCACAUGGGUAUGCAGGCGGCGUCGGCUGCCGCUGCUGCCAGCGGAUCAACGGGAGGCGAUGGCCUUUUAGGUCCAGCAGCCUCGGGCAUGUUCGGGAAGCCUCCGGCGAUGGGCCAAUUCAACGGUGUACCUGACACAGGCGCUCAAGGCAUGCGGCGGCCACCACUUCCACCGGGUCAAAUGCCGGCCGAGCUCGCUGCGCUACUUGCUGGAGGCGUGCCGGAAAAUCCGACCUUAUUCGCAGAGACGUUGGCUGCCGCUGCCAAGGCGCAAGCACAGGUGCAUAACCAG